UCGGCAAAAAACAAGGUGGAAUCAUGACGUCAGUGAUCUUCAGGUCGAAAAGAGAUACCCGAGUUCCCGAUUUGGGAUUCCGAGUUUGAUGACGGUUCUAAACGACUUUCACUAGUCGGAGCUCGUUUUUUCCCGAGGUCGCAGUUGUUUUGAACGCACUGAUGUCGGAAGUCAGAGAUUUCCGAUUUCCAAGUUGUUAUGAAUGCGGCAAGAGCCCGUCGUCCACAUUCCAAGUACUACAGAGUAAUAGGUCCUUUCGGUGAUGGCUGUCGAGAACAACAUUUUUGUCAAUAUGUGAUUGAUCCACGUUCAAUUAAUGAGCGUAAAUUAUAUGACAUUGUAUUAAGGUGACCUAUUGUGUCGUUGAGUACUAGUUGUUGUAGUCAAAAAAAUGUGGAAGUCAAUGUAAUUUUUUUAUUUUUUAUUACUGAUUGAUUGAUCGAUCUGUUACUUACUGACAGUGCAAAGAAAAUGGCUGCGUUCUUACAGUGGAGACGAUUUGUGUUUUUUGAUAAAGAGACGGUGAAGGACGCUGGAGAUAAUGGGAAGAACUUCGUCCUCCCCGUUGGCAUAUCUGCAUGUGACUCGGGCCGGGGCCACAUCGUUCUUGGAGAUAUGGACGGUCAGAUCUGGUUUUUGACACGCUCCCUACAGUUGUCCUCCUUUCAGGCUUACAAGCUGAGAGUGACCCACCUAUACCAGCUCAAGCAGCACAGCAUUUUGGUCACGGUUGGGCAGGACGAGCAAGGAAUUAACCCCCUGGUGAAGGUAUGGAAUCUGGACAAGCGUGACAGCGGGAAUCCUCUGUGUACCAGAAUAUUCCCAGCAAUUCCUGGGAACAAACCAACAGAGGUGUCCUGCCUCAGUGUACACGAGAACCUAAACUUUAUGGCCAUUGGCUUCACAGAUGGCAGUGUGGUGUUGACAAAGGGUGACAUAACCCGGGACAGGCACAGUAAAACCCUGACACUGCAUGAGGGCACCUGUCCAAUCACGGGCCUCGCUUUCCGUCAGCAGUGCAAAGUCACUCACUUAUUUGUUGCCACUCUGGAAAAAGUCCACUGCUACACUUUGUCGGUGAAGGAGUACCCUAAACUGGAACUGGACACCCACGGCUGUGCGCUGCGUUGCUCUGCGCUCACAGACCCCUCCCAGGACUCCCAGUUUAUUGUCGCGGGGGACGAGUGUGUGUACCUUUACCAGCCUGAUGAACGUGGGCCCUGUUUCGCUUUUGACGGGCACAAGCUACUGGCCCACUGGCACCGGGGCUACCUCCUGCUGCUCACCAGGGACACCAAGUCUCCCAACAAGUCUGAAUUUGGGAGUAGAGAGACAUCUCCUUCGGAGAAACAAAUCUUGACAAUCUAUGACCUGGACAACAAGUUCAUUGCCUACAGCGCUUCCUUUGAUGACAUCAUCGACGUUCUGGCCGAAUGGGGCUCCUUCUACAUCCUGACUCGGGAUGGAAAGAUGUUUGUGCUGCAGGAGAAAGACACUCAGACCAAGCUAGAGAUGCUCUUCAAGAAGAAUCUGUUUGUGAUGGCCAUCAACCUGGCUAAGAGCCAGCACUUGGACAGUGACGGGCUGUCUGAGAUCUUCAGGCAGUACGGUGACCACCUUUACGUGAAGGGGGACCACGAUGGAGCCAUCCAACAGUACAUCCGCACAAUCAGGAAGCUGGAGCCCUCUUACGUAAUCCGGAAGUUUCUGGAUGCUCAGAGGAUCCACAACCUGACGGCCUACCUCCAGGCCCUGCACCGGCAGUCGCUGGCCAAUGCCGACCACACCACCCUGCUGCUCAACUGCUACACCAAGCUCAAGGACAGCUCUAAGCUUGAAGAGUUCAUCAAGAGCAGCGAGAGCGAGGUCCACUUCGACGUGGAGAUUGCCAUCAAGGUGCUGCGCCAGGCAGGCUACCACAGUCACGCAGUCUUCUUGGCCGAGAGGCACCAGCACCACAAGUGGUACCUGAAGAUCCAGCUUGAGGACCUGAAGAACUACCAGGAGGCUUUGCGCUACAUUGGACGACUUCCUUUCGACCAGGCAGAGAGCAACAUGAAACGCUACGGCAAGACCCUGAUGCACCAUGUCCCCGACGGCACCACACUGCUUCUCAAGGGCCUGUGUACAGACUACCAGCCCAGCCGGGAUGCCAUGGAAAGAGACAGUCUGGACAGAGGCCCGGCGGUGGCCAAGAAGGCAAAUUCAGAGGAGUUCAUCUCUGUGUUUGCUAAUAACCCGCGGGAGCUAAGGGCCUUCCUGGAGCACAUGAUUGAGGUGGAGCCCUUCUCCUCUCAGGGAGUGUAUGACACACUGCUAGAACUACGGCUGCAGGACUGGGCACAUGAACAAGACUCUGAGAGGAAGAAGGUCCUGCAGGGGGCAGCACUGUCCUUGCUGAGGAGCGACAACACCGUAUUUGACAAGGCCCUCGUUCUGUGCCAGAUGCACAACUUCAAAGAAGGGGUCCUGUACCUCUAUGAGAAGGGCAAACUGUACCAGCAGAUCAUGCACUACCACAUGCAGAAUGAGGAGUAUGGCAAAGUAGUAGAGGCCUGCAAGCGCUACGGCGACCAGGAAGUAUGCUUGUGGGAGCAGGCGCUGGGAUACUUUGCCCGCAAAGAGGAGGACUGCAAGGCCUACAUCAGCCAAGUCCUGGAGCACAUUGACCAGAACAACCUGAUGCCUCCCCUAUUGGUGGUGCAGACGCUGGCACACAACUCCACAGCCACGCUGUCGGUCAUCAAAGACUACCUGAUCAACAAGCUGCAGAGGGAGAGCCAGCAGAUUGAGGACGAUGAGCGCAAGAUCCGCCAGUACCGUGAGGAGACGGCCCACCUCCGCGCCGAGAUCCAGGAACUCAGAAGCAGCGCAAAGAUUUUCCAGAAGACCAAGUGCAGCAUGUGCAACAGCCCCCUCGAGCUGCCCUCUGUUCACUUUCUGUGCAGUCACUCCUUCCACCAGCACUGCUUUGAGAGCUACGCCGAGAGUGAGGCCGAGUGUCCCACCUGCACACCGGAAAACCGGAAGGUCAUGGACAUGCUGCGGGCCCAGGACCAGAAACGAGACCUGCAUGACCACUUCACCAGACAGCUGCGGUGCUCCAAUGAUGGUUUCUCCGUGGUGGCGGACUACUUUGGCCGUGGGGUGUUCAACAAGCUAACCCUGGUCACCGACCCGCCGGGCAGCAAGGUGGGGGCGGGAAGCCUGGAGGCAGACCUGCAGAGGGACCUACUCAUCCACACCAAGAGGAACACUUGAGGGCCACAGGGCACAAUGGAUACAACAGCUUGCAACUGUACACUAUUACCCUUUUCACACUCAUGCUGACCCAAACCAAGCUGGGCUGGCUCUGAUAUUUUAUUUUCAGAUUGUCCUUUUUAGCACAGUUGAUUUGUGUGGCUCGGCUUGGUUCAACUCCGUUGUGUGAAAAGCCCUUAGGUUCUGUGUUUUGCUGUCCGCUGCUCAAGCUAAGAAUAAACUACUAUACCCAGCUGCAAUGGGGUCCCUGACCCAUCGUGCUUUGUUCUGUAGUUCAGGAUGCCACAAUAUUUAGUCAAGAUAAAUCAGUCAUGCUCCUGUCGCAACAUCAGUAAGAGAUGUGUUGCUAGUUUCUGUUUCUAUGCCAGGAGUUUCAUGAAUGUGUGAUCGUGUUCUGAUGCAUGUUACUUAACACGUCUGUGCAUCUGGGUUGUGUUUAUUAGGUGAAGUAACGGAAAACGUUUUUGCAACGUGCAAUGAAUAUGAGCAUUACUUAUUGUACAGGUAGUUGCUGUUUUCUUCAAUUUGGCACCUAAUAAACACAACCCUGGUCCAAGCACAGAGGUUCAGAAUGAAGGGUUGUUGGGUGGAUUUUGUUUGUAUGCACUUGAUUUAUGUGUAAUGUCUUUGAGCACUCUGUAAUUUGCAAACUUAACUUAGUUAGAAUUUGUAUUUUUUAAAAGAAGACUAACUCUUGAAAUAAAUGUGGCUUAUUGAUACUGGGAGUGUACAGAUAGAGGCAUUUUAUUCCUUGUUGUGCCUUCUUGAAAUGCUGUGUGCAUGUAUUUAUUCCAAAUGGGAUGUGUCAUGCCAUCUCAUAUUUGGGUUUUAUACCAUGGCCUUGUUGAAUACUCUUUUCUGAUUGGCUUGAAGGGCAUUCUCAAGCGUGCAUUAUUUCCCUAUCUAUAUCAGCACGUAUAAUUAAAUCGCUAUAGUUCAUGCUUACAUGUUUUGUUUGAGCUGGUUUUGAAACCAAAAGUCGAAUUGAAAACCAUUGGCAUUGUUGAAUUUGAUGUUCAUAAUAGCAAGCUAGGACUGAUGGUUUGGUUAGCUAAACUAACAUGUGUAUGUUUGGUUACCAUAGCAACUACUGUGGCUAUCUAGUAAACUUACUAGGAACUUCAGUGGAUGUUGAACACAUUUCUACCAACACAUUUCUAGUGGAAACUGUGUUAAAUUAUAGCCAUGGUUUAAAAUAGAUAAUCAACUCCGGGCUCUAUGCAUCCUCUGUAAAAUAUUGCAACUCCAUGGACGGUCAGUUCCACUCAGCUAGGGCAUAGUGGAACACACCUUACACAUUGUUCAUUAUCUUCUAUAGAACGCAUAGCCAUUUGUUGAUUAUCCCUUACUUAUAAAAAUGUAGUCCAUCUCACACUAUACUUUUUGAAGUCUGAAUUUGGCUAUCCCCAAACAUUAAUGUCUUUAAUACACUUCUCUUCAAAGUGACUGCCAGAAAUGUGCAUGUUGUGGCUGGUGAGACAUUUUGCCUAGAUAGUGUGGUAUCAACCAGUGAUUCUGUAAUGUCUUUGUAUCAAUCCAUUUAUGUUGUAUAUAGAUUUGACCUGCACAUUACCUGAAUAAUGAAUGAACUAGCUACAUGUCAUAUGCUUAAAAUUCUAGUUCUAUGCAUUAGCAUACUUGAAAUGUGUCACAUAAAUGAUCAUGUUUAAAAAUGUGUGUGCUUAUCUAAAUAAAUGUGCACAGAUAUUCAA